GCCAUUACGAUGAGGAAAUAUACCGUUGAAUUUUUAAAAAAACAUUUAACUGUUGCUUUUUACUCUGCAGAAGGUAUUUCAUUUGAUCACCUUAAGUGAGGUACCAGAAUAUAAAGACUACAAUAACCACAACUGGGGACUCGGAAGUCUCCAAUUUACUCCAGCGCGUUCAAGACCACUGGGAACUCGGGGGAAAAAAACGAGCUCCGUCUGGGAACAAUCGUUUUGAACCGUCAUCGAAGUCGGAUUUCCAAUUUAAAAAAUCGGGCAUCUCUCUAGAGCUCCGUAUUUCCGACCUGAACAUCACUGACGUCAUGAUUUUAGCUCUUAUUUUUCGAGUUCCGAGUUGUCGUGAAAGCUCCUUAACAUAACCGUUACAGGAACAUUUUAAUUUCUUAUCAUUGGUCGUUUUUUUCCCUCCCAAGUUAAACAACAAAUAUCUUAGGAAAGUAGCAGUUUACAUAGAUAACCAUUUAAACAACAAUUAAGAAAUAUAUUCAGCUACCAGGAAACGACAGCAAGUUAGCUAGCAACGUAACAUUAGCUAGCAAGCCAGAGAGGACAAGCCAGAGGAUCUCAGCCAGAGGUCCUCAGCCAGACGUGGGACCAAGUAACGUUACGUUAGUCAGUCACACCCUAAUCUGGGCACCCAUGGCUGAAAUGUAACGUUAGACCAGAGUCAUGCAACAUGAAGUAGUUAGGACUUUUGUGAUCAUGAAAGACAUUCACUAGCAACAAGAACACGCGAAGCACUUUUUUUCAGAACCUGGAUAUGACUGUCUCAUCAUCAUGCCACAGACACAGCCGUCCGCGAGAUAGCGCUUGCCAGCCAGUCUGCUAAAUUCACUAGCUACACCUGCGCUAGCUAGCUAAUAAUUCGUUUUGUUGUGUGCUUUUGCACAUAUAAUAUUGUUGUAAUAUGAAUGCACCGAUGUAUACAUUUGUCGCAAGAGACGACAACAGCACCAUUUAUGCUGAAGUUUCCAAAAUUCUCGUCGCAACUGGACAAUGGAAGAGACUGAAAAGGGAUAAUCCCCGAUUCAAUUUGAUGUUCGGCGAACGGAACAGACUGCCAUUUGGACGGCUUGGUCAUGAGCCAGGACUGAUGCAAUUAGUGAAUUAUUACAGAGGAGCAGACAAGUUGUGCCGCAAAGCAUCUUUAGUCAAGUUAAUCAAGACUAGCCCAGAGCUUCCAGACCCCAGCAACUGGUUGCCUGAAUCCUACAUCAUCUAUCCUACUAACCUCAACACCCCCGUUGCUCCUGCAAAGAAUGGCAUCAGCCACCUGAAAAGUAACCCCAAGACAGAUGAAAGAGAAGUUUUCCUGGCCUCUUAUCACUCAAGGAAGGAAAGUGGAGAGGGAACAGUGUGGAUCGCCAAGUCAUCUUCUGGAGCAAAAGGUGCUGGAAUUUUGAUAUCCCACGAUGCAAAUCAAUUGCUGGAGUUCAUUGAUAAUCAAGGGCAGGUUCAUGUCAUUCAGAAGUACCUAGAAAGACCACUACUGCUGCAACCUGGCAACCGUAAAUUUGACAUCAGGAGCUGGGUGCUCGUGGACCAUCAGUACAACAUCUACCUUUACCGGGAGGGUGUGCUGCGGACGGCGUCAGAGCCCUACAACAGCUCCAACUUCCAGGACAUGACCAGCCACCUGACUAACCACUGCAUCCAGAAAGAGCACUCACAGAACUACGGCCGCUACGAGGAGGGCAACGAGAUGUUCUUCGACGAGUUCCGGCAGUACCUGCUGAGCACCCACAACGUAGCACUGGAGACCAGCGUUUUACCUCAGAUCAAGCAGAUCAUAAGGAGCUGUUUGACAUGCAUUGAGCCAGCCAUCAGCACUAGGCACUUGUCCUAUCAGAGCUUCCAGCUCUUUGGAUUUGACUUCAUGGUGGACGAGAGCUUCAAGGUGUGGCUGAUCGAGAUCAAUGGAGCUCCGGCCUGCGCACAGAAACUCUACCCGGAGCUAUGCCAAGGGAUCGUGGACGUAGCCAUCUCCAGUGUCUUCCCACUGAACAAUGAUUCCGAACCACGAUCAUCUUCCUCCUCCCCCGCUCCUUACUCCUCCCCCUCCUUUUCCACUCUUACCUCAUCCUGUUCCUCUCCGAAACUGAGAGGACCCCUCCACGUGGGCCCAUUCACCCGAUUGUAAGUCCCUCCUCCUCUGCUUCAAAAGUUCCAACCUCCGCCCUCUGCUCCUCACUCCUACGCUUUUCCCGAGAUGUCCCACAGGCCAGGAAGCUUUGCCAUCUCAUUGGUUCUUGCAUGGCAAGUUUUGUCUCGAAGGGGAUUACCCUUGUGAUUGACUGAAGAUUGUGUUACUUUCUCGUAUGUGCUACCACAGUCUUCUCUCCCAUACCCCACAGCGGAAGUGCAUUUCAGAGGAAAGCCUGAACAGGCAUGCAGUAUAUGAAUGUGUGGAGACUUGGUGAAUGUUCGGAUGGUGAUGAUGAUUAAGAUAAAUGGGCGACAGACUGACUGAUGACGUAUUUGGGGGUCCCAGAACAAGAAUAGAUGCCCUUGUGAUCCCGUGCUGCCACUGAGGCGCCCCUAGACUGUGUAUGGACGACCUCUGAAGAUGGAGGGGACGCUUCACUUAUUAUACAGACUUUAGUGCCUUACAUCUCCACCCAUACCCCCUUAAAGAUGCAACCUGUCGAUUUAGCAUAGCGCCUCUGCUACUGUGUGUGUUAUGUGAGCCUGUGUAUUGUCGGUCAGGCAAGUGUGUAUGUCUGUGUGGGCUAGUUUCUUUCUCUGGGUUUGGAGAUUUUUGGAUUUUAUCCACAAAAGUUAGCAUUGUGAGGGGAAAAAACGUUGAUUACAGGCAUACUUCAUAUCAUGGUUAUUCACAAAGCCCCAGAGAGUUUUGUACUGUAAUUUAAAAGAGGAUUAAAUCAGAAAUUAGGCUACAUUUUAUUGCUACUGAAAUUGUAUUAUAGCUAUUUGAUAGCUAUUAUUCCAUGCACGCUGUGUAGUGUUAGGUCUUCAAUUUUUGACAGACUUUUAUUCAAGUUCAUUUAGUCAGUGUUGUUUAAGUCUGUUGUUCAUUCACACUGUAUAAGAAAAGAUUCCUAGACAGAUGACUCCUUUUUCUCUGUCAACAAAGAGCAUUUGUGGAAUGACUAGAGAUAAACCUCCCCUGUUAAUUUGAGACUAGCUUUGCAACUUCAGAACAUUUCAACCCAUUUGAACCUUCUAAAGGUUACGCAUGGGGAUCUCCACUACAGCUGUAGAUCCAUUUUUGUUUGUGAUUUUAAGAGAGAUUGCAUGUUGGUGUGGAAGCAUGUUACAGUGUCUGUUGUGUGUCCUAAUGCAAGUAGGCCCACUCUCCCCUUUUGCCUCUAAUACUGAGAGUUCUUAGCCAAGAGCUGCCUUUAAAAUGGUCUGUUUCAUAGAAAGUGAAUGUCUUGUUAGUUUUUGCUUGCUUCCUUAAAACCUGUAGUAAAUGUAGUAGCUUCAACCCCACAAACUACUUUGUCAAUGUAAGUUUUUAUUUUUAUUUUUAAAGUAUUUUUAGACUACUAAUGCUGUCGGUUAUGGUGUUGCACAGCUUCCAUGAUAUUACGUGGAGUUGUGAUACCUGCAUGCUAAAAAGUAGUUUUCCCUGCCCUUGUCUGUUUGUGUUAAACUGUAAUAUUCAGUGUUGACCACCUGACCACAUUCAGUUUACAGAGGCUUUGUAGCAUUAUCACCCACAGUUAACUCUUAGAUUAAGUUACUUUGGCAUAUGUUAAACUUUGUUUUAAGAAUGAGUUAGUCCUUUAAAGGGGCAAUCCGCAGUUGAAACAAUAACAAAGCGCUUCUGUUUCAGUAAAAAGCUAAGGGAUGGGGCU